AUGUCUUGCCAAAUUGUUUUCAGUCUUCUGUGCAUUGCUAUUGGAGCAUACGCAUCAUGGCCCUGGCCUGGUGAAAAGUGGCCAAACGGGCUCUGGUCUUCCCAUGAUUGGCCGCAACUUCGACAGCUGAAAUUUUGGAAUCCGAACAAAGAAGUCAAGAACCAACUCAAUGAACUGAGCCCAAUCGCUAGCAACUGCUCGGGUCCUGAGCUUGAUGAAGAGGCAGAGGAGAGGUGUCGAUUCGUGAUUACUGAUCCAAGUUCUGAAAGUUGCAAUGACCGCGUCAUGUUCGGCGCCUGCAGCAUUGAGGCAAUCGGUGAUCAAUGCGGCGAAGAGAAAGCAAAAAGCGGCCUCGCCAAAAUCUCUCUGAUUACGUUGGGUCCCCAAAUUGACACGAUCUCGCAACCUUGCCGCAAAGAAACCAUCGAAAUGCUCAAAUACCUAAUUGAGCAUUAUGAGAGAAUUGAAAUUUCUAACGUUGAA